CUCUUUUCGCAACUGUAAUGACUUUUUUGUGUGCUUAUUUACUACUGAAGUAGUGAAAACAAUACCUCGUUGUAACAGUCGCAGUAGCCUCUGAGGUGCAUUCUCGGCUUUUGAAAAUACGUAGACAGUGCAACAAUGCAACAAUCACUUCUUCCGACAUCACAGAGGUGCAAACUCAAUUCUUCCGCAAUCAAAACUGCUCACAAAUUCUUUACGCCAACAAAAUUAGUAGCUACAGUAGUAUUUUUGCAGCAAGAAACUACUACCAAAAUCAUCAUGUCCUCACCACCACCUUACCACCACCAGUACAAAUUCAGCAACAACGCGGAAGCGGACGCGGAGGCACAGAGAUGGUUCUCCCCCCCCCAACUUGUUUAGAAUUGCAUGCGAAGUAGCAUUGGAGGAAGAAGAACAAGAAGAAGCAAGAAACCGGGAAGAACAAGAACAACAAGAACGCGGACAGGGAGGACGACAAGAGGAACAGCAGCACACAACACCAGGAUUACUCGGACCUGGUCGUGGAGGACGCGGACGUGGUCGUGGUUGUGGAGGACGCGGACAACAAGGAGGAGGAGGAUGUGCACAACAGCAAGAAGAACAAGAUACUGCUGCAUUGACUGAGAUCAUUAGAGUAAUGGAUGAUUCAGAAGAAAACAGUGUUGCUGGUAAUAACAAUCAGGAGACUAAAGAGGAAGAGGUCCCUGCCAGCAACAGUAAUAGGACUAAUAAUGAGGAUGAGUUUUUCGUUGCUGGUGGCAAAAACAACGACGAUGGUGAUAACAAUGACGAUGACAAUGCUGCGAGCACUACUAGUACUACGAGACAAGCAAGGCCUUGUAGAGGAGGUCCUCCUAAACCUCCUCCGGGCGGUGAAUGUUCCUGACCAGUGGCCUGAUUACUGGAAAAUAUUCCUUUGUUUCAUGGAUUUUGUACAUGGAAGACAUGAUGGAAGAAGUGAUAAUCCUGCCACUGAAGAUACAAGAUUUGCUAGGGAUCAUGUGUUUACUGAUGGUGAGCUUGGCAGCCUCACUCCUGAUCAUGUGUAUUGUUUCAUUGCUCUGCAGGCUUACAAGAAGGAAGAUCCGUCUCCUGAUGACAACCCUAUUUAUGCUAGAUCAAAUACUAUAGAAUAUACAAAGAAGUCUAUUUCCUAUUUUGUUCCUAACAAGAGUAUCAAGUGGACAGUUAUUCAAGGAAUUGGCCAUGGUAAUCCAACAGAAUCUCCCAAAGUGAAUAAUUUAAUUGCAGCAAUCAAGCUGAAAGAGACACGAGGUUUGGAGAAGCCGUCGCAGAUGGAUAGGGCUCUUACAAAGGAUGAAUUCUUUCAAAUGCUGGAACUUUUGGAACAAAACGGUAGUAUGAUAAACAGGCGAAGAUUUAAAGCAAUGUUGUUGACUCAAAUGCAUUUCAUGGGCCAAAACAAUGACAUGGCUCACAUAACGAAGGAUUCUUUAAAGGUUUGCUCUAGAUUCCCUGAAUUUUUGACUUUGAAGAUGAAGUGGUCGAAAAAUGUGAGAGAGGACAGAGACUGUCCUGAUCAGAUCUUGAUGGGAUCAAUGAAUCAGAAUUCUUGUGGCCUUUGUCCAGAAUGGGAAUGAGGAGGUCGCAUCAACAGUGGAUGAAUGUAAUGUAUGCAAAGAUAUGUGAUUUACAAGGAAGGAUGUCCAACAUGGAGAACCUGCUGGUAAAAGAAUUUGCAUUACAAAAGGAUAGAAACAAGAGGCUUCAAGCUGCUUGUAAUUGAGCUGCCAUGGCACCAGUAGCAAGAAGGAUGGUGAGACAACAUCUUGUUAAUCCAGGAGAAGCUACUGCUGCUGGUCAACAUGAGGAAAAGGUGAUCCUACAGAAGAAUCCUGCCAACUUAUUUGACAUCUGGAAUGAAUGGGAGUCUGGAUUUGCAGGGAACAAAGCAGCAAAGAACUUCACUGCAUCUGAAAGGAACUCCAACAAGGAAAACAAGUUUGUAUACUGCAGAAGGAAGCCCUCCUUUUGGUUGUGUAUUGAAAGGGUGAUAAGGACCAGAUCAGCGACUGCGCAUGAUGCCAUCCACGAAGUCUACAGUGUUUAUAGACAGGAGAAGACUGUAACAGGAGGUAUCCUGAAGGCUCUUGCCAAGCAUGAGAGGCAAGGUGCACAUGCACAGUUGAGGUAGCUGGGUGGUUGAUUGCCGCGUUGCUUUGAUUGGUUGAUUGCUGCGUUGCUUCGAUUCGUUGCUUCGAUUCGUUGCUGCAUUGCUGCAUUGCUUUGGUUGCUUCAAUUCGUUGCUUUGAUUCAUUGCUUCCAUUGCUUCCAUUGCUUUGAUUCAAUUUGUUGCUUCAAUUGGUUCGAUCGCUUUGAUUGCUUCKGGUUGCUUCGAUUCGUUGCUGCAUUGCUGCAUUGCUUUGAUUGCUUUGGUUGCUUUGAUUCGAUUCGUUGCUUUGGUUGCUUUGAUUGCUUUGGUUGCUUUGAUUUGUUGCUGCGUUGCUUCAAUUCGGUUGCUUCAAUUUGUUGCUUUGGUUGCUUUGCUUCGGUUGCUUUGCUUCGAUUCGUUUCUUCAUUAAAAUAGUAUGUUAACUGUGMCUGCUUUUUCUUGUUAGUAGUAUUGUUAGUAGUAAGUGUGACUGCUUUUGCUGUGUGUUAUCCUCAACAAGAGGAGCAAGUUGAAUAGCUGAUAAGAAGAUGUCCAUCCCAUUGUCAUGAUCAUCGGUUGUUGAGAAUUACCUUCACGACUUGCUUUUUUUUCUGUGAAAAUUCUACGGAAAUUGUCUUGUCGAAAAUUGUGAGAAUAAUUCUUCUCAACUGACACCCAUCAGUUGAGGGUUUUCGAUACUGUGGUGGUCAGUAGGAUAAUAGCAAAGUGUACGUACAUAGACUUGUACAUGAUUCUCUACUGUUGCAAAAUUAGUUGCAUUAUGGUCUGAUACCCCCACAGUACCCUGCAUACCCUACUAGAGCUAUUGGGUGAUUUCCGUGAAUAGAAAUGCUAAACCGCUAGAUUUUGCAUUUUGCAUUUUGCAUUUUUACUAAUAUCGGGAAUCAAAAAUUUUGAAACAGCAAGGAAGGUAGGCUUAAUCUCAGUCUAAGUAGAUUCUUUUUUAGGAAGACUCUAUCUCAGCAAAGGAGACUUUACCAGUGGUACCCAGACAGGAGCAUUUCCCAAGAGGUGGAAGGGAGGAAAGGGGUGUUCCAACAAGAUAGUAGUACUAUCCAUGAUCAGAGAGUUGGGAUAGGUAUGGAUAGUACUAGGAACAAUAGGGAUGAGAUCUUGUCACUUUUUGAUUGGUCUGAGGAAGAAGAGAAACAGCUCAGAAUGUGGCCAUGGAAGAGCUCGUCCUAUAAGGACAGUUUGGCAAACAGGAAAUACAGACAUCUAUGUUAUCUCUUGUUUGAAGAAGCAGUAUAUGCUAUUCUUGCUCUCAAACCAUCAGACACUAUCACUCAAAAUCCAACUGGUGGUGAAUGGGAGUUGAAAUAUAAUGGAUAAUACUAACUACUAGUAGUACUACUAAACAAUACUACUAGUACUACUAUUUAUACUAUUACCAACUAUUACUAGUAGUACUCCUACUACUAGUAGUAGUACUAGUACUAUUAAUAUUAGUACUAGUACUAGUAGUAGCUAUUAUCACAUAUUCCUCGUCAUUAUCACUAGAAACCAAGCUAUAUGGUACUAGUUGUUGUUGUAGUAGUAAUACUCUUGCUACUAGCACUACUAGUAGUACUAUUACUACUAGUACUGUGACAUAGUAGUAGUACUACUACUAGGACCUCCUACUUAUACCAGUAGUUUCAGCAUAAAAAUUGUAUGACCCAACUACCCACUGAACCCAACAUGUUCAUUAGGAUGUCAAGAUAAAUUCUACAAAAAAACUAGGUCUUAAUUGGAUGCUUAGAUGCUUUUUUACACCACAAUUAAGUUUGCACUGUAGAUUGUGCAGUAUUACAUGCAUUUUACACGUAAGGGACUAAAUUUGUACUUAAUUGCAAAUUUGCAGUUUCGUCGCCGCGUAGACUCGCAGAGUUUUUUUCCUUCUUACGCGAGUACGGUACGUACCGUAUGUACAAACACUUACUCGUAUGUAUUAUUAUUCAGAUAAUCAUUACUGAAGUAUGCUGUGCAUACGGCGUCCGCGCGCCUGCGGACCUUCAAAAUUGAAUUGAUUGUCACAAAGUUUCAUCGCUAGAAUUUAGAACGAUCGCUAAACCUGAAAAAUUCGCCAUGUUGCGUUGAACGUCGGCACAAUGAAAAGAGAGGAGAACAACUACCUUCUCACCCACUCGUUUUUAUCAAUCAUCUGAAACUGACGUGAGAUAAUAAUAAAACCCAUCAAAAAGCAAUUACUGAUACCAAAAUGGUGUCUUCCUUUUUCUGCGGCACCCCACGCCAGGAGUUGGAGCCUCCGUCAGUCACGAGACAAAAUUCUGGAAUUGGAGAUGCGUACAGUGUCGCUCCGUCGACUCAUUCCAUCACCACUGUUUCACGUUAUCAUGAUGAGCCCGAGGUCGAUUAUGAUGAAGGUCCCACAGAACUCUACCGACGGAUUGAAGAAAAAGAUUGGGAAGGUGCAAGUCUUCGCCUUGAGUCACACCCUUUCGAGGCCAAGACUUGGAUUUAUCGAAAAGAACUAGGUUCCAACAAAAUUAGAUGGAGACUUUUACCGAUUCAUGCAACUUGUAUUUUCCGCGCUCCUCUUGGGUUGAUUGAAGGUUUGAUUGAACUCUAUCGCGAUGGUCCACAAAUGAAGGAUGACCAGGGAAUGCUUCCCAUUCAUCUUGCCUGCAGAAAUGGCGGAUCGAAGGGUGUUAUUUUGGCACUUUUAAACGGUUUUCCUGACUCAUGCAAAGUUAAAGACAAAAAGGGUAGAACACCGCUCGCGCUUGUUCAGAAAAGCGAGUCGCAAAAUGCCGAAGCAGUCUGCGCCGCGAUCCGCAAUUUUGAGCAGCAAUUCCAGAAGAAUUCGAAGAUGAAGAUAGUAAAUAUGAUUCCAGAUGGUGGUUCUGUUUCACAGGCUAACGAAGUGGACUAUGAAAACCGUACAGUUUUGUUUCGCUUGCUUCUGAAAAAGGACUGGAAUGGCGCUAUUCAACGAGCAGAGUCUAAUCCUGAAGAGGCUGCGACAUGGAUUGUGACGAAGGGAUUCAACGGAAACCUUCGGUUCCUUCCACUGCACAAAGCGUGCGUCUUGUCUCCUCCUGGAGAAGUCGUUGAGAAACUCCUAGAGGCAUACCCUGAAGGCUCAAAAUGCAGAGAUCAAGAUGGCUGGCUCCCAAUCCACUGUGCUUGCUUCUACGGUGCAUGUGGGAAAGUGAUUACAACUCUUCUUGAAUUCCAUCCUAAAGGAUCCCAAUUAAAAGAUGACGAAGGUCGCCUGCCAAUCCACUACGCAUGCCUCAAGAGUGCUUCACAGGAAGUGGUAGACAUUUUGCUCGGAAACUAUCCCAAGGGGGCGAUGAGCAAAGACGACGAAGGACGUCUUCCUAUCCAUCAUGCUUGUUCGAAAGGAGCCCCCGAGGGAGUUAUCAGCGCUUUAUUGAAAGCAUCUGGAAAGGGUGCACAGUCGAAAGAUGACCAAGGUCGCCUCCCUCUUCACCAUGCCUGUAGGAAGUCACUGUCAGAUCGUAUCGUUCGAAUGUUACUUCGCGUCUACCCUAGAGCCGCUCAAAUCAAAGAUGAUCAAGACAAGCUUCCAAUUCAUUAUGCCUGUCAAAAUGGAUCAACUCCAGAGGUUGUCACGAUCUUGCUGGCAGCUUUCCCCGAAAGUAUCAACGUAAAGAAUGGUUUCGGAUAUACUCCACUCGCAGAAGCAUCAUCUAUUGAAAAUUCUAAAAUGGAACCCAUUAUCCAUAUCCUGAAGAAAUUCAAGGAAGAGCAUGACAAGGUGAAGGAAAAGUCUGGACAAACUGGAAUUUCGGAAACAAAGUUGGAUGCUAUGACAAAGCGUGUUGACCAUCUAGAAAAACUGCUUGGGCAGGUUUCAGAUAUUGGUCACGAGAUCAAGGGCGGCAUUAAGAGAGGAAAAGAUCCUCUUUUGUUGGUAAACAGACUUGCUGAAAAACUUAUUGCAUUAGAUGUGUCGCAUACUGAUUCAUUGUCAGACGACUCCUUUUCAUCAGAACGAGCAAGGAAAGCCAGAUCAAGAUCUCGAGGUCCAUUUGGUCGAAAGAAAAAGCAGAUCGUUUAAUCUGUUUUGAUUUAUAAUUUUAUGUGAUACCUUCAUGUCCUAUCAUAUCAAGCCAUGAAAUUCAAAAUAGUAAUAAUCUGUAAAUAAUACU